CCAGGUGGAGCGUGGGAGAGGUUUCCCCGAUGGAGCGUGGGAGAGGCAGGGGGGUUUGUCAUCGCCAUUCCCGGUUGUUGCGGAGCUCUGCUUCUGCUUCGGCAGGGCCGCCUCUCUGGUUGUCAUUUGCGAUGGUGUGCGGGCUGUUGCUGUGCGAGUGGUACCCCCCGGAGAGAAGUGGAUGGUGGGGAAUCGCGCUUGCAGAAACUACCACGGCGUCUGUUGAUCAGUCUGCUGCCAUCCGGAUAAACUGUGGUGGGAGAGGGUUCACUGAUAGACGGGGGCGCGCCUGGGCGGACGAUCGGGGCUUCGAAUGGUCGAGUGCGCCAUCCGUGGCGGGAACUCUGCCGGCGGGAAUCGCGAUGAGCGCUGGUGGAGCGGACGAUCCGGAUGCGAUCUAUCGGAGCUUCAGAGUGUUCGAUCUGUCAAAGGGAGGAACUGCAGGGUACAGGUUUUUGGUAGAGAGCUCGACAUAUUACGUCGUGAGAGUGCGAUUCACUGUGUUCUACUACGACGCCGGGGCUGCGCCCUUGUCAUUAGCAGCGGCGAGCGCGGCGAACAACGACGGCGGAGGCGGAGGCGGCGGCGGAGACGGGCGAGUGAUCUCUCUGCCUUCUUUUGGUAUCGCCAUUGAGGGUAUACAAGUGGUAGACUUGGUCGUGAGCGAGGAACAAGCCGCGGCGGCGGCGGCGGCGGCGGGCGGUGCAGGGGGGAACGCUACCUGGAUCCCUAUCGAGAAGGAGUUCUUGAUCUACAUGCAGAAUCGCGGUCUGAAAAUUUUGUUCCUGCCAUUGUCUGCGACGUCCGCCGCCGCCCCGCCAGCCGCGCCGCCAUCUGUGCUUGCGUCAUCGGCUGAAGGCGGGGGGAGGUCCCUUGCGCAGGUCAGCGCGAUCGAGAUUGUGCCUAUUGCCGCCCCUCUGGUCGCUGCGCACAUGGACUUCAAGGAGGGCUUCCCGUCGGUCCUGCUCCGGCUGGAGCACAGAGUCAACUGCGGCGGUGAGGACGUGCCAGACACGGGGGCGGGCGUCUUCGCCUGGCGCAGCGAUCGCGAUGUCCGAUUCGAUCCGCCCACCAGCGCAGCGGUAAACUCCUCGACGACGAGCCUGCUACUGCCUUCCUCCCCAUCGUCAUCAUCGUCAUUCUCUGUGGAGGAUGAGGGUUACCUCCCGCAAGCUGUGCGCAGCACGGGCAGAAUCGCCUCAGCCUCUGACGCCGAACAGGCUCUGCGGUUCGUCUUGAACGUCGAGCCGACGAAUAUGCGUUCGUUAUCCGGCUUCUGUGUGCACACCUAUCACGACCUCGCAGUGGGCGGCAGCAACAACGUCAGCGCGGCGGACUUAGCCCUCGUUCGAGAAGGAGUCCAGCCCGAGUCGGCCUCCUGGGUGCGAGUCGAUAAAAUCGAGGCAACGACUGGCGUGGCCGAGGACUUCUUGACGAUCUUGACCGAAUACCGACUGCUGCAUCAUGGCGGCGGCGAGAACCGCAGCAGCAGCAACAGCGGCAGCAGCAGCAGCAGCAGCAGCAGCAGCAGCAGCUUGGUUCUCCAGACACGCCAUUGUUUUGCCAAUGUCUAUGUCGAAAGGAAGACGAUCGCGGCAUUGAGGGUCACGUUCCGGCCGAGCGAGGAACUGGGAUCGAUCACCCGCCGUCCGAUCGUCAAUGCCAUCGCCGUUUACUCUCUCUUUCAGAAAUACAACAGCAGCACUCUCGCCUCCGCCUUCCAGCAAGUCACCCGCACCUUCGGACUGCCUUACACUUAUCUCGACCCUUGUCUCGAUCCUCAGCUUUAUUUUGUGAAAUGCGGUUUCGUCCAGAAGGAAGGGGUGUUGGCGAUUCGCAUCUUCAACCUCAGCAAUGCGGGCUUGCAGGCCACCAUUCCUCCGGAAAUUGCCGCCUUCGGGCACGUGGAGGAGCUUUACCUUGGCUGGAACGAACUGUUUGGACCCAUCCCGACGUCAAUAGGGGACAAAAUGCAGGAGCUUACCAUCCUCGACCUCAGGAACAACUCGCUCAACGGCUCCAUUCCUCCCGCCCUCUCCUACAUUGUGACACUCCGCUCUCUUUUUGUCGACAACAAUCGCCUCGCUGGAGCGAUCCCUAGACACUUCUUCGAGAUCGAAGGCCUCAAUUUCAGCUAUGGCGGGAACGCACGUCUCUGCAACCCUUACGAAGACGUUGAGUGUAAUGACACCUCUACCUCGCCUCCAUGGGGGGGGGGGGGGGGGGGGGGGGGGAGGGGGAAGCGGGACAGGCUUCGGCAAGUGGGAAAAACCUUGGCGGAGCGGAGAAGUCGUGGCCGGCGGCGGCAGCGCCAAGUCCUCAGGCGGCGCCGGCGAGCAAGGCAGCGAGGGAAUACAUUUGUCCGUCACACACGGCACAGCCGCCUGGGGAAACCGCGGCACGACGAACGGCGGUUCUCGCCGACACGCGUAGGCGUGUCCGACGGGCUGAUCAGGCCAGGGCUUGGCGGCGGCGACGGCGCUCCCGCGCCGCCGCAGCAGCUGGUAGCGGUGCCGCUGCGUCCUCUGCGACCGCCUGGCGCCGGCGGGGGCCCCCGCGCGCCUGCCGUCACCCUCUCCUAUCAGCAGUUCUCGGAGGAUGAGCUUGCGCUCAUCACGAUGAAUUAUCGCUUGAAAAUCGGAAAGGGGGGCUUCGGCAACGUGUACAAGGGAUUCCUUCAGCCAGGCGGGGGGCCCCCGGCUGUCGCGGUGAAGGUGGCCACCAUGGCGUCGAGCCAUAACGCGGAGGAAUUCCACAAAGAGAUCGCCAUUCUUUCCCGCCUUUAUCAUCGUCAUCUAGUCCAGCUGAUUGGUUGCUGCAGCGACGGCGGGACACGUGGCAUUAUCUACGAGUUCGUUCCGAACGGAUCGCUGCAUGAUUACCUGCACGGCGGCGGCGCCGCCGAUGUACUAGGAGAAGAAAACGGAGAAUCCGCCGGCGGCGGCGGCGGCGGCGAUGGCGAUCGUCCGUGCCGACGGCCGAGCUUGGACUGGAGCCAUCGACUAAGGAUUUUAAUCGGGACAGCGCGCGCCCUCGAUUACAUUCACACUCAAGUGCACCCGUCGAUCAUUCACAGAGAUGUGAAGUCAUCUAAUAUCCUUCUAGACGAUGACUACGAGGCGAAGCUCACGGACUUUGGGAUAUCGAUGGAAAUGGCAUCGACGGACAAAACGCACGUGACCGCGGAGGUGGUCCAGGGGACGUCAGGCUACGCGGAUCCUGAGUACUGCACGUCGGGCAAGGUGUCGGAGCGAGUGGAUGUUUACAGCUUCGGUGUCGUCUUGAUGGAGGUGAUAAUGGGUAAGGAGCCACGGAGCAAGUCCAUGAACACGGAGUGCGAUCUGGUGGAGAAAGCGCGGAAAGCAAUCUUCUCCGUCGAUGAGGUCGUUAAGCUGGUCGAUCCUCGCUUGGCGCAGUGCACGUCAAGUAGCACCUACAAGGCAGAAACCCUCUUGGAACUCGUUCGCCUCGCGGUGUGGUGUUGCCAUCGGUCCACCAAACAGCGGCCGUCGAUGAGCAUAGUCUGCCAUACCUUGCAAGAUCUGUUCGAAUCGGAAGCAGGAGGCCCAGGUGGAAUAGGAGGAAUAGGAGGAAUAGGAGGAGAAACAGGCACCACGAGAAGCGGGUUUGCAGGGAAAAGGGUGCCGAUGGCAAUACUGCGAGGAGACGUCUUAGCACCGGCGUGAUGGGUGGUUGAUUAACUCUCUCUCUCUCUCUCUCUCUCUCUCUCUCUCUCUCUCUCUCAUUAACUCUCUCUCUCUCUCUCUCUCUCUCUCUCUCUCUCUCUCACACACACACACACACACACACACACAGGCACACACACAGAGUAUACCGCCCUUGGCGUCUUCUCGAUUAGCAUGGUCAAUUCCGUCCUUUUGUGGCGCACGUCAUUGAAAUCGAGUCCACUAGAGGACGGGGAAUCGAGUUUGUCAAGCUGGGGAUUGGUUCUUUUCCGGCUCAUUGAAAACUCUGCUGCUUGGCGGACUCGAUUUCAAUGAGGAGGAAAAGAACCAAUCGCCAGUCUUUUCUCGCUUGGAAGAAAUGAGUGGGCGAACGAUUCUCCUCUGAAGACGCGACGGUAUCAGGGGGGGGUAGUGGAACAACGGUGCAUCGUGCAUGGCUCGAGCUUGUCCCGUUGCUCGUGUCCUUUGCUGCACCCCCUCUCUCUCCCCUUCUCUGUCUCUGCCGUCAUUUUCUUGCUGUAACUGCCAGGCCCCACUUAUCAACAACGGGGUGCCUCUUUACCGGAUUAAGUUAUUAAUUAAUGUUUUAAUUAGUGUAAUGUUUGAAGCUCUAGGUAGUUGUACUGUUUGAGUUGACGAGGUUGGUGCUGGGGACGGGCAGAAGAGCGCCCAGGGGGGAGUUCUGCGCUCCUCUCUUUUUUUCUUUUUCUUUUUUUUUUUUUAAUAGCAAAAGCCCCCGCCAGUGUUAGUGCUCCUUAUAAUGGGUCGGAAGCAAACCUUCUGCCGGGAUCGGGACGACAGCGACUGAUGUGAUGUGUACAGUGAAAGAAGUGGUUUGUUCGCCUAAGGGAGGAAGAUGUCGAUGGGAGGAAGAUGUCGAUGGGAGGAAGAUGUCGAUGGGAGGAAGAUUUCAAUGGUGAGUGAGAGGCGGAUUAUGGAAGACAUAGAUGGUGGCAGAUAUUGAUUGAUUGAUUGAUUGAUUGAUUGAUUGAUUGAUUGAUUGAUGUAGGGGUCUGGCUCCACUACUCUCGAAAUGUGUAUAAACGAGAGUGAAUCUUCCGCUAGCACAUGGGAAGAGAUACACCGCCAUGAGUUUUGUCUUUUGUGCAUGUGGAGAGUUGUGGUGGAGCGAGGCCCGUACUAGUCUCCUAUCCUAUGGUGUGAGGCUGGCUGAUCUGCGUUACCCUCUGGAUGUGUUAAACAGCGAGUGCAUCUUCAGCUGGGAGGUGGAGGUGGAGGUGGAGGUGGAGGUGGAACGAUACAUUCAGCUCAUCGAGGGCUACUAGCCUGGAUGUUCAAAGGACAACGCAAAGCUCUUAUGGCUCUCCCCACUUCACCUGUUCUUCGCCAUUCUUGUCGUCGUUUUGUGUAUUUUUCAAGUCUGCCAACCGGUGGAGCGAGGCCCGACACAAUACAUCAGGAGAAAGAGAAAUUAAUUAAGAGACAGGGAGAGCAAGAUUCUCCCGAGCGCGCUCGACAUGAAAAGCACUGAAACGGCCUCAGAGUCUCCAUGUUCUCGAAAUGCAACAUUCUCACGACAUGAAUGAAGCCCUGCUAGAGGG